AUGACGCCCCCUACUCUUACCGGUCCUUUAUGCACCAGGCAAUCUCUUACUCGGGACCUCCAAAACCUCGGCCUGAAACCACAAGAUACAGUCCUGGUCCACAGCUCCCUUAAGAGCAUAGGAUGGAUCAACGGCGGAGCUGAAGCUCUUGCCCAAGCUCUUCUCGACAUCCUUACACUCGAAGGGACUCUCGUUGUUCCAACGCACACUAGCAGCAACUCAGACCCGUCGAAGUGGGUUAAUCCACCAGUCCCUGAAGAAUGGUGGCAGACUAUCCGCGAUACCAGACCUGCGUUCAACCCCAAAACCACUCGAAGUGAAAACAUGGGUGUAUUGGCUGAGACAGUCAGAACAUGGCCAGGUGCAGUGAGAAGUACGCAUCCUCACACCUCAUUUGCUGCAAUUGGUGCCAAGGCGAAGUUUAUCACAGACGGACAUGAUCUGGACAGUAUGCUGGGAGAAAAGAGCCCACUGGCUCGUUUGGAAGAGCUGAAUGCCAAGGUCUUACUUAUUGGUGUUGGAUUUGAUAACUGUACCUGCUUUCAUCUUGCAGAGUACAGAGUAAACUCACCAAAGGCUGAUAUCUCAUUCGCGGUGUCAGUCAACGGAGCUAGAGAAUGGGCGACUGUAUCAGACGUCAGUGUCAACGAGGAAGACUUUUUGGAAGUGGGGAAGGAUUUCGUUGAGCAAAAUAGUGUGGCGAAGGGUCAAAUUGGUGCAGCAAAUUGCCAUCUGUUCUCGCUACCUCAAGCAGUCAAAUUUGCCCAACAGUGGUUUCUUUCCCAUCGAACAGCAAAUCCUCAGAAGACUUGA